AUGGAGGUGAAAUCACUGGAGCAGGCGGAAGCGCAGGUGGAGCGUCUGCUGGGCGGCCUGGGGUGCGAGGUGACGGAAUGCGACGUCGGCCUGGAGCAGAGCAAGCCGGCGUCCCUUAGGAACAACGUCACGUACAUCGUGUGUGGUGUCAUCUUCAAUGACAAGGAUGAAGUUCUGAUGGUCCAAGAGGCCAAGCAGGAUUGUUACAAGAAGUGGUACCUGCCGGCAGGGAGGGUGGAGGUGGGUGAGAGUCUGCAAGAGGCACUACUGAGGGAGGUGAAAGAGGAGGCAGGUUUUGAGUGCCAGCCAAUCACAUUGCUGCUAAUUCAGGAGCAGGGACCUCAGUGGAUCCGCUUCAUCUUCCUGGCCAAGAUCACAGGUGGGAGUAUCAAGACGACGUUGUCGGCGGAUCAGGACUCUCUCCAGGCAGCCUGGUGGGACCGGCGGUCUCCCCUCCCUCUGAGGGGGCGAGACAUCCUACGCCUCAUCGACUUUGGGAUCAAGUACCGUGGGGAAGCGUGGCACCCCGCCAUACUGCCGCUGAACGAGAGCUGCCGCCAUGUGGUCCAGAGGCUGGUGUUGAUCUUCCGCGAAGAUCAGAAUAUCUGGAUCCUGUUGGUCAAAGGCCCCAGUCCCCACAUACCCACGGCAGCAGCUCUGAAGACUCACGCCGUCACGUGGGCGGCAAACAUGGUGGUGCAGGACGCCAUGCCGUCCGCGUACUACGACCACAAUGUCAACACCCUGGGCGUGUUGAGUCUGCAGCAUGACGGACGGCAACAAGGAAAAACGGACGGCGUGUGCUUCAACACGCUGGUGGCCUUGCAGCCCGACCGUGCGGAGCGUGACGAGGACGGCCUACGGCUCCCGCCGCGACCUGCACAGGGGCCGCCGCCCGUUGAGAACCCACGCUACGUCUGGCACCGAGUUCUCACGCCGGGCCUCAGAGAAAAAUUGUUGGAAAAGACUCAAAACACAAGCAUCCUGCCCAUGCACAGCCUCUACUAA